ACUUAUAAACAGCUUUCAAGUGUAAUUAAUCUUUCGUCGCUCAAGUAAAUUAGUGGGGAAGAAGAAGAAAGGGGGAGAGGAAGAGAGUGAGGAGUGAGGUCUGAGGGAUGGACGCACAGGCACAGCAGCACCAGUGGUUGAUGAUGAGCGCGCAGGCUCAGCACGCAACCACCGCCGCCGCUGCCGUCGCUUCAAUGUCUCAGCCUUAUCACCAUCCCACCACCGUCGAAGAAGUUCGAACCCUUUGGAUUGGCGAUUUGCAGUACUGGGCCGACGAGAACUACCUCCACACCUGCUUCGCUCACACCGGCGAGGUGGUUUCAAUAAAGAUAAUACGUAAUAAGAUCACUGGCCAGCCUGAGGGUUAUGGGUUUGUGGAGUUCGUUUCACAUGCAGCUGCUGAAAGGAUUCUCCAGACGUACAAUGGGACACAAAUGCCUGGAACUGAACAAACAUUUAGGUUAAAUUGGGCUUCUUUUGGAAUUGGUGAAAGGCGUCCAGAUGCUGGUCCUGAGCAUUCUAUCUUUGUUGGGGAUUUAGCACCUGAUGUCACAGAUUAUUUAUUGCAAGAAACAUUUCGAGCUCAUUAUCCAUCAGUUAGAGGUGCCAAAGUUGUGACUGAUCCAAAUACUGGGCGCUCUAAGGGAUAUGGAUUUGUUAAAUUUUCUGAUGAGACAGAAAGAAACCGUGCUAUGACUGAAAUGAAUGGUGUCUUUUGCUCCACUAGAGCAAUGCGUAUCAGUGCAGCCACACCAAAAAAGACAACUGGUCUGCAGCAACAGUAUGCAACAACAAAAGCCUUAUAUCCAGCUCCUGUUUACACUACACCAGUGCAGGCACUUCCUGCUGACAAUGAUAUAAACAACACAACAGUUUUUAUAGGUAACUUAGACCCCAACAUCACAGAAGAGGAAUUGAAGCAAAUCUUUGUACAGUUUGGGGAGCUUGUCUAUGUGAAAAUUCCUGCUGGCAGAGGAUGUGGUUUUGUACAGUAUGGUGCUAGGACAUCUGCUGAAGAAGCAAUCCAAAGGAUGCAGGGAGUUGUUAUUGGUCAACAAAUAGUUCGCCUUUCCUGGGGUAGAAGCCCAACAACUAAACAGGAUCUACAGGGUGCCUGGGGUCAAGCAGAUCCAAGCCAAUGGAGCAGCACUUACUAUGGUUAUGGACAAGGUUAUGAUGCCUAUGCAUAUGGAGCUGCUCAUGAUCCAUCCUUAUAUGCAUAUGGUGCAUAUGCUGGUUACUUGCAGUACCCUCAACAGGCUGAAGGUGCCCAAGAAAUGACGGCCACAUCAGGCUUUGCCAUGCCUGCAGAGCAAAGGGAGGAACUGUAUGAUCCCUUGGCUACACCUGAUGUUGACAAGUUAAAUGCUGCUUACCUUGCCAUUCAUGGGAGUGCCAUCUUGGGCCGGCCCAUGUGGCUGAAAUCCUCGUCGGCCUCACAGCAAGCUUAGGCUUUUGUUGCAUAUUCAGAUGGUUUGGCAUUCCAUUGGCCACUGAAGGAAGUUCAUGUAGUGAUGAUGAAACAACAUUCUGGCCAAAUGUAGCAACCAAAAGGAGAUGGUUCGGUUUUGUAUAUCGCUCUAGGCAGCUUUGGUGACCAUGUAGUAUUUGUGCUUUCGUAAAUGCAACCGGGCUAGAUCCACAGUCAGAUUCUGUGAUGUGCUCGUUGGGAGGAUCCUGCUCUGUCAUCAAUUUUGAAUCACUUUGCGGAGUGUUACAUUUUCAUCUGUCACCGCAUUAAAUUUUGGAUGGAUUAUAAUACGAUUGGAAAAAGAAAUACCCGUUUUGAUGUAUAUUUAUUUUCAUAGUGUUGCUCCACCAGCUGGUGGUAUUUUGACA